CGAAAACUUAUCUAGAAAUGAAAAAAUUGGCUGUAAGAAAUUUCAAACCGUUGUUUCGGUAUUUAUUAUUAAUUUUGAGGACAUCUAAAGACAUCUGCACAUAUACUGCCGAUUUCUUCAUACCUCUCGAUAGCUAUCCUCUGGAUAAAUUUCUCUGAGAACCAAUAAGGAGAACCAAUUUUGGGAGAUAUCUUCUAGAUAAAGUUAUCGAAAACUUAUCUAGAAAUGAAAAAAUUGGCUGUAAGAAAUUUCAAACCGUUGUUUCGAUAAAAUUAUCGAGAACUUAUUUAGGGGUGAAAAAAUUCGAUCAUAGGGGAAGAAAGCGAGUAAAGUGGAAAUAUCGUUGCGUGUGCGGGAUACUUCCUGACAGCCAAUAACUAUGAAGUGAGAGGAUUUUCUGGUAGGGGAGAUGCGCGAAACGGACGAGAGUUUUCGGUUUUCGGAUUUCUCUUCUCGAUCACAUGCUCAAUUUGAAUCCAGUAACCGUUUUCUCUGGCAGAUUCUUCCCGACAAUCGCACGAACUUUUCACAUAAGUUACAAAAACAAUGGCUUCUUCGGAGAUCGACGAUUUCCUCGCCGGACCGCUGGUCAAUUGGUUCGUCAGCUGUUUGGAAGACCCCAAUGCGUUGGCAACUUAUGAUGAUUUAACAGAUGGUAUUUUACUACACAGUGUCUUUCUACAAAUCAAUCCGGAGCCAUUAUAUGAUGAAGUAGUGCCUUCCAAUGGCAAUCCUGUUAUUCGUACCAAGAAUCUGACAACUAUAGUACAAAACAUGAAGCAGUUUUACGAAGAGGUAUUAGACCAUGUGAUUUUAAAACUACCAGAUACUGUAAAUUUAGGAAAAGAACCAGAAUUAUACAUAGCAGACAUGAAACUGUUGCUGUUGUUACUUCUUGGAUGUGCCAUUCAGUGUCCAAACAAAGAAAAAUUUAUUACUGAAAUGAAAACCUUGGAUGUUGUUACACAACAUGGAUUAGUGGAAUGUAUUCAACAGGUUACAGAUCGUCAAGAUAUAAUUAUUACACAAGAGGCUAUGACAAAUGCAAACAUGGACUAUUUGUUUGUUGAAAUUAAAAAGUUGAUCCAAGAAGUGAAUUUAUAUCGAGAAAAAUGGAGAGACGCAACGCAAGAUGACAAUGGUGACAGAAGUAAUUUGUCAAUUAGUGUAGAAUCUGAAGAAAUGAAUAAAACGCAACAGUCUCAUCCUGUCACUAAGGCGCAAAGAGAGGAUAGUCAUCAUUACGUGGUUGAAUUGGCUGAUUGGAAGUCUAAGGUUCGAAAGCAACGUCAGGAAUUGGAGGAAAAAACGGAAGCUUUACUCGAGUGUAAGGAGGAGUUAGAACGUACUAAAGCGUCGCUUGUUAAACUUAAACAAGAUAAUCAAGAAUUGACGCACGAGUUACGUACCGCUAAAUCGUACAAGGACGAAUUGGAUGUUGUAAUUGAAAAAGCGGACAAAGCUGAUCGUUUAGAAACGGAAGUAGCGCGAUACAGAGAAAAACUUACGGAUAUCGAAUAUUAUAAACACCGCAUGGAGGAGUUCCGCAACGAUAAUAGAGUUUUGAUGGAAAGCAAUGAAAUGCUCAAAGAACAAAUGACCUCGUUAAGAAGCAGAGCAGACAAAGUGUUGGAACUUGAAUCUGAGAUUAUUAAGUUAAAACAAGCAAUUAAUGACAUGACAUUGGAACAUGCUGCUUACAAAGAAAAAUAUCAAGAACUCGUCGAGGAAAAGUCACAAUUAGAUCGUGUACUACACGAAUUACAAAAAGCUGCUGCAAGCGAGGCUGCUUUGGCCGGAUCUAGCGAUUCUGAAGAACCGAUGCACGAUGAUAACAGACUGUCCGAACAAUUGACAAGCAAUGCCCAGGCGCGAGCAUUAAAAUUAGAAUUAGAAAAUCGUCGUUUAAACACUCUGAUCGAUUCUCUGAAAGAAAGUUCAUUUCAUGAGAGUUCGUCUCGCGUUUUGGAGUUGGAAAAGGAAAAGAAGAAGCUUUCAUUGAAGAUCGAAUCGUUGAACGACAACAAGGAAAGACUUGAGCAGCAAAAUGCCGAUUUGGAGUUAGUCUGCAAGCAAGCGUUAGAAGAAAAUAAGAAACUUCAAAACACUCUUAAAAAUCAACGAGCUUCUUUUGAGAAACAACAACAGGAAAUUCAAACGCAUCAUGCAAAAACGAUAGAAUUAGAAAAAAAUUAUGAUACAGCAGUAAAAGAGAAACAACGCGUUCAGUUGUUACUCGAGAGUGUUCAAAAACGCGCUGACGAUUUGGAACGUACUUUGGAAACAACGAACCAGAGAGUCGAGGAGUUGAAACUUAUCGAAAGUAAUGUUAACGAUAUUAAAUCUAAGUGUCUCGAUCUUGAAUCGAGAUUAACAGCAACAGAAAAAGAGAAAGAUGUGGCACAGCGCGAUCUACAUAAAUACAGAGAAGUGAUUGAGGAGAAGGACGUGGCUUUAGAUGAAGCAACCAAUACGAUUCAGGUCUUGGAGAGGAAAGUAGUGCAGUUUGAACAAGAAAAGCAGGAUUGUGAUACGCAAAUAUCAAGAUUGCAAGAGAUCGAGCGAUCUAGUAAAGAACUUGAUUCGCGAGCUGCAAUUGAUAGAGAAACUUUAGAGACACUCAAGUCUAAUCUCGUUGCGGAAAAACGAAAUAAUCAACAACUUUACACAAUUUUAGAAAAACUCGGUCUUAGCGAUAAUAUGUUGUCCCAGCCUCUAGAAACUAUACUGGAAAGAAUUGCCCAAAUACCUGAAGUAAUAAGUCGCAUUAAACAGACGUCGGAAAACGAUGAAAAUACAACGGUCGAAUUCUCGGAGUGCACCGACAACGAUGGCAGCGAUGUUAACAAUACCUUAGAAACUGUGAUAGACUCUUUGAAGCGAGAAUUAGAACAAGUGCGAAUAAAGUCUCAAUUGGCGUUGGAACACUUAAUGUCAGAAAAUGCAAAACAGAAUGUUCAAAUAACAACGCUACAAUCGCAAAGCAGUUCGUUGACUGCGCAACACACCGCGUUACAACUAGCGAAUUCGCAACUUGUUGCCGAAAAAGAAGAGCUUUUGAAAGAACGCAGCAUGCAGCAACAUGUAUAUUCUGCACUUCUUCACGAUCAGAACACCUUGCAAUCGUUGCAUGAACAACUCAACAACGAGUAUGAAAAUCUGCGUCGCGAACGUGACGCUCUCAAGUCGAAUUUGAGAGACGUAAAGAACGAGAAUAGAACGUUGCACGAAACUUGCGAGCGAUUAGAAGCGAGAAACGAAACGCUGCAAUCCGAACGGGAAGCUUUGAUUAACAACACAAAAAGCUUGAAUAAUCUGCGAGGAGAACAUUCGAAAUUGAAGGAUGACUUUAGAAAUCUGUACACCGCAAGCGAGAGAUUGAAGGCGGAGUACCGAAGCUUGCAAGAGGAUUAUAAAAAGAAUAAGCUCGAGAUGAAUCGGCUGAGCUUGAAACAAACCGAGAUGCAAGGCGAACUUAGUGCCAAAGAGGAACAGUGCUCGGAUUUGAAAUUAGAAGUCAAUAGUCUUAACGAACGAUGUGAUAUGCUAUUAGAAAUGAAUUCUGGAUUGGACAACGACAGGCGCUCUCUGAUGGAGCAUGUUAAUUUACUAUUUACACAAUACCACGAGCUUUUAACGCAUUCUCUUCAGGACAAGGAACAUUAUCACAUGGAAGAAAAAUUGUUUGCAGACAAGGUUAAUCAUCUAUAUAGACAAAAAGAAAAAUUGGAGGACAAGAUUAUGGAACAUUAUCGAAAACUAAACAGUUGCACCACCAAAAAAAAAGGUUUCGGGGCCAGUUUAGUCCGCAGAGUCAGAAAAGCUGGAUCGGAGUUUCUCAAUAAGAAUCGACGUUCGUGGGCCGAGGAUUCGAAGCAACUAGACAGUAAGACAUACGAGUCGGAUACAGGUGGAAAUGAUUCUGAUGCAAGUGCUGAAGAUUACCGCUUGCCUGGCUCAAGUAGAGUCAUCGGGUCGGACGCACUUGGACACGCAGGAACUAGAAGAACAGUAUAUUAUACUGAUGAUUCUCCUCCAUCAUCCGCUUCUUUACCUACUGAUAGAUUGCUAGGCGAACCCUUCCAGGAACAGGGAGAUGACGUACACGUUCCGCAAGUGGAAACGAAUUUAAAACCGGAACCACAAGUCGAGCCGCGUCCUUUUCUCAUCUACAACAAAGUGUCCGCAGUCAUAAACGAAUCAAAACAUAUUCCAAAUACUCCGACAAAAGAGGUGCAGGACGAAGCACUCACGGAGACUCCCGCUGACAAGGAGCCAAAGACUGGGAGUAUUUGGUAUGAAUACGGUUGUGUAUAAAACUUCCAUACUGCCCUCGACGCUUCCAUUAGUACGUCCGAAAAAAAAAAAAGAGAAGCGUGUAGAGAGAAAAUGUGCUUUUACGUAAUAUAUAUUCUCGUAGUCUCAAAUUUAUACACAAGGAAAUAUAUAUAAGUGAUCCCUCCGAGUUUUUGAUAUGCACAUAUUUCCUUGUCAGUAUGCAAUAACCGCACACCGGUCUCCAUCGCGAAAACCGAUCGCAACGCAAGCGCGCACUUGAUGAAAAAGAAUCGCGGGGAUGUUGCGAUUCUUCUCAGAACUGUUAAAAAGUAUUACGUAUACUAAAGAUUUUAUUUUUUCUAGCUAGUAGUAAAAAUCAAACUGCCAUGAUCGGACACGUUGCGUACUCAAAAACAAAACAAACAAAAAAAUUACGAGGUAGACUUAAGAGUAGGGUAAAAACCUUUGAGUUCCUAAAGAGCUAUUUUUUUUGUUCAAAAACACAAAGAAAGUGACGAUAUUUACAUUUGACAAACUUCGGCGAUCUUUUGCGCUAUAUGUUCUUUGUAUCUUAUGUGUAUUUUUAAUUCAAGACUUUUUCAAAUCACGAUCUUGAUAAUAAACUUUACCAUUUUUAUUCGUACAGAAGAGAUUUAUGUAGGAGAAUAUUAUUAAGGGAGUUAUCGUGAUUUUUCAACAAUUUAAGAAAUUUUUGAAAAACUUAUCACGUGUAAAUAACAUUAUUAAAACAUGUCCAAGCAGCUCGUAAUAUUAGAGCCAGUCUACAAUGAAGGUAGUAACGCUGCAGGAGUAGAGAGUAAACUAUUUUUCGGUGAAGUGAAAUUCCCAUUUCGCACUGCCUACUGCCUUACUGUUAGCCAAUGAAAAACGCGUGUUAAGAAACGCGAAAUAAUUACUUGUAUAGACAAAAAUGAAAUAACUCCAAGAACUUUACUCUUGCAGCCUUACUACAUUCAUUGUAGACCUAAGUCCUUUAUAUACUUUUGAAGUGUAUUGCACCACGAUAACUCCCUUAACAUAUUAAAGAUGAAGUAGAAUAUAUGUAUUAUUGAGAAUGACUGUCGAGACACAAAAUAACAAGAGUAAUUAAUACCAGUAACGUGCUCGACUUCGACUUAGCGCUUAUCUAGAUUUUAUUUUCACAUUUUUUUUUUUUUUAAGCGGAAAA